AUUUGUGUCGGCAAAUGGAGUUUCAUUUGUAACGCCUCCUUUAUAGCGGGUGACUUUAUUUUGAUGCAUGACAUGGCUGUGAUAAGUAGUUCGAUAAAGUUUUGGAGAAUUAUUAGUGCCGUCGUGGAAGUAGUGGGGUGUGACUUGGGUCAAAAAAAAUCUUCUUGGAAGCUAAAAGUUCGUGGGGAAUUAAUGAAUAAAAACUCAUGUCAGAGAAUUUUUAUUUGUUGCGAUAGGCUGCAAGUGGACGGAAGGGAUGAAAUUAUAUUUCGGUCUGUGGAUUUGAAGGUGAGGCGGCACGAUUCUGUGGUAAUAAUUAUUUUAGUGGAAGCAGUUGUGGACUUAUUCGCAUGUUGUGCUGGCCCACGACUUUUGGGUCUCUCUGUGUGGCAUCAGAUUUUUGUUUAUGGAGGAGCUAUAAUUGUAUACGAUUUUAAUAGUGUGCUCCGUUCCUUUUUGAGGCGAUUUAUUCCACGAUAUACCAGUUCGUGGAAAUAAGUUAGUUUUUCAUUAUUAAUUCAUCUUGAAGGAGAAUCGAAAAAAUAUGAUGUGAGGAUUCCGUUUCAGAAAUGACCCUGCAGUCUUCUCAGCAGUGGGAAGUAUUUAGGAGUUUGGUGUGAAGUAAUGAACAAUUUUUGAAUGAUCAUAGGAGUAAUGUUUGAGUUUAUGUUUUGAAGAAGAAAUAUGCAGUCUAUACUUACAGGGUGCUGAUUGUCAAAAUUUAUCUUUCUUCAUGUAGCGCUAUGGUUGACAAAAAGUGAGAAGAAUCGGUUCAGUGUGUUUUUGAAGAACAGAGUCGUGUGAAAGGAAGUUCUUUAAAGUUUGUACUUGAAGGGAGUUGGUGCUCUCUCUAGUUGGAGCCUCUGCAGCUCACAGUUGGUGCUCUUUUGCUUCGUAAUCUGGAUUGGUGUCCAUUUGAAGUUUAUAAGAAAUUUUCGGUGCCGUGGUUUAUGGCCCGAAAGGGAGACAUUUAUGUGUUCUUGUUUUUAUUAUGCUCACAUUUCCAUGUCUUAGUAUUAAAUGAUUUCUUGAGUUUCCAGCUGCAUUGAAAAGUUUGAAACACUGAUUCAGCCCCCCUCAGUGUUUCUUGUGCGUUUUUCAUCCUUAAUAUGUCCCAGGCUGUAUGUUAACACUGUUCAGUGAUUCUCUUAAAAGUCAUCAUUCACCUAUAAAACUUCCUUUCAAAUCAAUCCUUCAAAAUUUGAAUUUACUUCUGUAAGACCAAAAACUGCACACUCGUACUUCACAACUAUGUAUUCCAACCUCAGCCCUAUCAUUCCAAGACAGCACUCUACCUCACUGUAGCAUCCACGCACCACACCAAAAAAUUCUGGCGUGCCCUUAGUAUUUUUGAAACACCAACCUCAAAACUUCUUCGAAAAACGACUCUAAACUCACAAAAUAAUUACGACAGCUCACCGAAAUGAACACCACUCAC